CAGGGGCGGGGAGGAACACCGGCGGGCCGCCGGCGGCGGCGCCGCGGCGGACCUUCAUCAGUGAUUGUCAACACUGCGGGGCUGGAGGUGGUUAGGUAUGUGCUGCUGGGGCUUUAGAGGCCGUGGUCCCUUUGCCUAACCAGCCCCCUAAAACACUGAAGAAGAUGAAUGAACGUCGAGGCAUAGUGCAUCCUGCUGUGUGGCUGUCAGGGUAACACCGGGGCCCCACCCGGCUUGACACUCCCCGAGACAUGACAGAGGGACCGCGGCUUAACACAAUGCCUCCACUACUGUCAGACGAGCAGUACAUCAUCUUAAACAUUAGGAUGCUUCAUUAACUGCAAAUAACACCAAAGAUGUACUUCAUAAAUCUAAAAAUUUGCCUAGGCAGUUCCUCCGUGGUGUAUAUUUUUUUCCCCUGAAGAGAUUUUGGCAGCUCCUGUGACCAGUGAACCAUGGAAAACUCGGCCCUGCAGUUCUCUGAAACUGGAAAUGCCUCACAGGAUGGUGGGGCUCAGUGUGAUGGUGAAACUCAAGAAACUUUUACACCCGUCUUGCUGGACUCAUGCAGUGUGGAGGAUCCAGGUGGUCCCAGGAAAGAGGUAGGGCGGUGCCAGGCCCUUUGUGCGACCUGCCUUCGUCCCUUCACUCGAAGCCUCUACCUGCUGCCUGACAACCCCACCCUCCGACAGAAAUUCAGAUACUCUCUUCUUUGUCCCCCACAUGGCAGAGUUGGAAAGUGGUUGACAGGCCUGUUAAUCAUUUCACUAGUGUUUGGCUCCCUAGUGUCCCUCUUGGGUGAAUCAGCGCUUCCAGGGAGCAACAUCUUUUCACUCUUUGUCCUCUUUGUGCUGGCGGAGGCUGCGGGGCGGGCAGUGGUGCCACUGAGGCUGCCACCUUUAUUGGGCAUGCUGGUGGUAGGCAUCCUCCUCAAGAGUGUCCCUGGACUUGACGUAAUAGGGAAGAACAUUGAUCAGGAGUGGUCAGCAGCACUCCGAAACCUUGCCCUGGUGAUCAUCCUUCUAAGGGCAGGUCUUGGCCUUGACCCUGCAGCUUUGAGACAGCUCAGCUUUAUGGUGGUGCGUCUUGCCUUCUCCCCAUGUGUGGUGGAAACGCUGGUGGUGGCAGUGGUGACGCACCUCGUCCUUGGCUUUCCCUGGUUGUGGGGGCUCAUGCUAGGCUUUGUCCUGGGAGCUGUGACCCCUGCUGUCAUCGUUCCGUGUAUGCUAGUGUUGUCCCAGAAAGGUUACGGGGUGGAGAAAGGCAUCCCCACCCUGGUCAUUGCUGCCUCCAGCAUUGAUGAUGUGUUGGCAAUAUCUGGCUUUGGUGUCCUGAUGGGGAUCACGUUUGCUGAAGGAGAGUUGUGGGUUGUCAUACUAAAGGGCCCAUUUGAGGUUGUGGUCGGGGUGCUGUAUGGCCUGGUGCUGGGGGCUCUUUCCUGGGUACUGCCAGUACCUAGCGAGAACAACACUGAUGUACUCAGGUUUUCCCUGCUGCUGGCUGCUGGCGUAGUGUCACUAUUUGGAAGUCAAAUGAUACAUCUGGGUGGCUCAGGUGCCCUAGGCUGUCUAGUCAUGGCAUUUGUGGCUGGCUUUGGCUGGAGACGACAAGGAAUGACUGAGGAGGUGGGUGGCGUCUUUAGUGAAGAAUCAUGUGGACCAAAUGCUAGAGAAAGCAUGGAUAUUUUUUCAGCCAUUUCUCUUUGCUCUAAUUGGUGCAGAAAUUCAGGUGGACAAGCUAGAGGGAAGUACCAUUGGCUAUGGCUUGCUUACACUAUUUGUGAGCUUGGUGUUCCGCAUGUUGACUUCCUUCCUGGUGGUUAUGGGCGGGCAACUCAACCUCAGGGAGAGACUGUUUGUAGCUCUUGCAUGGCUCCCAAAGGCCACAGUGCAGGCUGCUAUUGGGUCCCAAGCAUUGGACUAUGCAAGGAAAACCAAUGCUGGGCCAGAGGAGGAGAAACUUGGGGAGCAGGUACUGACUAUUGCUGUGCUGAGCAUUCUCGUCACUGCACCGGUGGGAGCUGCUGCCAUCAUGCUCACAGCUCCCCGCCUCCUCAGCAAGCCUGACCAGGACAAGGAAAAAGCAGUCGGUACAGCACAGGAAACCCUGGAGUGAUUGAGUGCCAGGACCCAGGAAGAGUGUAAAGAAUGAACCAGUCCUGAGGUGUGGAGCAAUAAUUUAGUGUGUCAUUUGAAUAGGGGGCGUGACUGGACGUAUGAAUGAUCCUACAACCCUUCUCUUUGGCUGACUGGUGCAGAGUGCAGAUGUUGCUUUCAUUCCAUUUAUUGCCUGUUUCAAUGCAAGUGGUAUGCAAGUUAAGGAAGUGUUUACAAGUGACAUUUUAAGAUGGUGGAGUACAUAAUUAGACCAGGAUGGGUGACAACACUGAAACUAUUGCAGGUGAUUGAAGCAGCUGAAGGGUGGCUGGGUGUAACUGUGCAAUAUAUGUGCCAAGUUUCAUUUUGUUACUCCAUUCACAGUCAAUGAAAAGAAGUGCCAUAUAGAACUUUCAAAUGACUGUAGAGGGCAAAUCGUCGUGACAGUGGAUCUCAUAUGUACUUAGCUGUGUGAACCUGAAGCCAAUGCAUUUAUGAUGCAGAGAAUACCCAAAAUAUAGUUAGGGCAAUAUUCUGUGACAACAAGACACAUAAGUCGGUGCAGCAAUUGCACAGUUGGAUGUAAUGGAAAAAAGGUGAAGGAUAAAUAAUGGGCACCUUUAGUAGGAAGUAAAUACAGAGUAUACUUUAAGAUAGUACUUAAUACUACAGUUAUGUAGUUGUAACUCGAUCUGAAUUUAGUUCUCAUAGCUGAAUCGUGUUCUUACUGAUGAAAAGUAGUACUUAAUACUACAGUUAUGUAGUUGUAACUCGAUCUGAAUUUAGUUCUCAUA